CCCAGGCCCGGCGCCCGCGUGGCCCGUCGGGCCGCCCCGGCCUCGCGCCUGCCCGCCUUCCUGCAGUGGCCAAGCUCGCAGAUGCUCGAUAGACACCUUAGAACUUUAGAAACGGAAAAGACCCGCUUUUAGGGGACAAUGCUGAGGGACACUAUGAAAUCUUGGAACGAUAGCCAGUCAGACCUCUGUAGCAGUGACCAAGAAGAGGAAGAAGAGAUGGUUUUUGGUGAGAAUGAAGACGAUUUGGAAGAGAUGAUGGAUUUCAGUGACCUGCCCACCGCACUCUUCGCCUGCAGCGUCCACGAAGCGGUGUUUGAGGUGCGAGAGCAGAAGGAGAGAUUUGAAGCACUUUUCACUGUCUAUGAUGACCAAGUGACAUUUCAGUUGUUCAAAAGCUUUAGAAGAGUCAGAAUAAAUUUCAGCAAGCCUGAAGCGGCAGCAAGAGCGCGAAUAGAACUCAAUGACAGAGACUUCGGCGGGAAGAAGCUGAAGCUGUAUUUUGCACAGGCACAGAUGUCCAGUGACACACGGGACAAGUCGUAUUUACUGCCGCCCCAGCCGGCCAAACAGUUCCUCAUCUCCCCUCCCGCGUCGCCUCCGGUGGGCUGGAAACAGGGGGAGGACGCGACACCUGUUAUAAAUUAUGACUUACUCUGCGCAGUUUCCAAACUGGGACCAGGCGAGAAAUACGAGCUCCACGCAGGAACGGAGUCCACGCCGAGCGUGGUGGUUCACGUCUGUGACAGUGAAACCGAAGAGCAAGGAGAAACAAAAAACCCCAAACAGAAAAUUACCCAGACGAGGCGCCCCGAACCUCCAGCCACAGCACUGAGUGAGCCCCAGACCUUCGAUGGGGCGCCAUGAGGCCCCCGGUCUCGGUGCCAAGCAGCUGCCCUCAGGGGCUCGGCACCGGAAAUCCGUGCCCCUCUGCCGCCUUGCCGGUCGUUGGCGCGAAUGCCGUGGCGGGGGGAGGCUGGGGGUGAGUGGGGCGCGGUGUGUUGCCCCCACACCUGGGCUGCAGACAUGGCCGUACAGGGUAGCGGCUGGUUUUACCGGGUCACACUUUUAACAGAUACUCCGAACAGCACUUGAAUGAAAGGAUCGGCCCCCAGCAUGUCGCAGGUCUUGCCCAUUUCUUCAGCAGUAGCAAAUUAGGAAAUUUGGCUGAUUCCUGGCUCCCUCCAGCAAUGCUAAUUUCCCUGAUUGCAUACAGCAUGGGGCACCCAGAAACUGAAGCUGUAGUCACCGAGUUCAGUACCAUGUUUAUGAAUGUAAAAAUAGUCUUACAAUGCUAAUAGUCCGGUGUGGGUACUUUUAUAAUGGCUUAGUGGCUUCCAGCUAUUACCUGUGGAUCAAAGGUCAAUUGUUCCUCCAGAUACGUGACAUUUUUUGCACGGAAAGAAAUCUGAAAGAUAGAGUAAUUUGUAGAGAAUCAUUUUUCUCAAGUAGUUUUUUCUUUAGCUUUGGGGAGGAAAUGCCAAAUUCACUUUGACCAUUGGAAUCACGUGGUCCAAAUCUGCGUGGGUGUGACUCUCUUCCCUGUUACUGUCCCUUCAAGAGGACAGUGAGGUGCUGACCCCUGUUCCUAGUGCAUCGUCCCUCCCAGAGAAAGAGCUGCUGCUUUGGAAGCAGGACAUAACACCAGUGAGUUUGACUCAUGAGGACCUCUGUUGGCUCGUGUGACCUCCCGUGUGUGACCAUGUGCUAGCCCGUAGCAUAGCUGUCUUUAGCCACCUGUUGAGUUUUUCAAUGUUAAACUUAUUGUGUGUGUGUGUUUCAUUGACUUUAAAUUAGAAAAGGUACUGAUACGGUUUUCCAAAGACCAUUUUUUAAUGGCCUAUUUAAACACUUUCCAGUUUGCUUUGGAAGAAAAGGUGCACAUAAUCUUUUUAUCUGAGUUAGGGAAAGAUGGGGGAAGUUGAGAUCGCUCAGAUAGUCAGACUUUUGUUUCUGGUGCAGUCUUUUAUACCCUGGCUUUUAUACCCAGAAUCAUUCCUACUUGGUUUCAGGAGUGGAUAGUUGGAUGUGUGAGGUCCUAGAAUAAAGGGUUUUCUUGGGGCGCCUGGGUGGCAGAAGCAACCAUCUUUUUCACUCUCUCUGGUCUGUUCAGGCUUUGCAAUCCCUUUUUAGAAAUGUCUCAUAACUAAGAAAACUCUGCUUUGGUCAGGUGGCCCUGCUGAUCUCUGUUCACGGUGCUGUUUCCUCCGUGUGUCGGAUUAUCUGGAGCCCCCUGGAAUGUGCAAGGGGCCGCACAUGGGAGUUUGGACCAAUAAACCAAGGAGGCUGCCCCCACACAGAGAGGAGAGCACAGAAAUUCCUGCCGGGUGUCGUACAUUUUUGGUAGCAUGUUUUUGUGGUUUAGAGGUUCUUACUAUGGAGAAUUUAUUUCUGAGGACUUAAACCAGAUUGCCAAAAAGAAAGUUUUCUAUAUUUUCCUUGCCUUCAGACACUCUGAGAUGAUGCACUCUUUCAUUUAUAGAUGCCCGCCACUGCCAAGGUUCAGUAUAAAUUCAGUUGAAAUUUGUGAUUCCAUAAGCAGUUUAUUAAAUUCAGAUCGUUGUUUGGCAGUUUAGCUGACAGCCACUUGAUGAAUUUACUUUGUAUUCUCAGUUUGCCAUUUUGCCAGUUUUCAAUCUUACCUGUCUGCACUUGUCAUUGCAGAAUGGACCCUGUAAGUUGGGAAAGGUGUGUGUUUUCAGCAGGUGGGAAUUUUAGAAUUUCCUUUUAGGAAAUGUUUAUUAGUUAUAAUUUUCUAAGUAAUCGGAAUCCAUAAGGUUUUAUUAUUUAGCUUGGCUUUCCUGGUCUUCUUUCCAGUGGUCUAUCCCUAACUUCUAUAACCCGUUCUUAAAGUCAAGCAGUGCAAAUUACCUGAUAUUCUCUUUUUCUCUGUUCUUAUUUUUUUGAGAGUAUUGAAUAAAUUGAUGAAAAACUUAAAUAAAAAGAAAUAUAAAAUAUAUAUCAAAUACAAAAUACUUAUUAUUUAAUACAUAUUAAACAUUUCUGAAUGGAGAACAUUAAUAUUUUCGUUGUCUCUAAUAUAGUUCCAUAAGGUGAAUGCUGAAAGAAAAACUACUAAAUGCCCAUUAACUUUUAAAUAUUGUGAAAUUAACCAGCUUCUCAACAAGUAUGAUGGUCUCUGUCCCUUUUUUGGCUAUUUUUAUAUCCAGCUCAUGUAACCGUCCUGUACGAGAUGAGUCUCGUGUUCUUAGCUACAGUUUUCUUCUCUGAAGUUGAGUUAUUACUCAGAUUGAACGGAUAGCCAUGUGCUCUUUAGAAAUCAUGACUUCUACUCGGGAAUCAAAUUACUUAGAGCAUUGUGAGGAAAGAAAAUGAUGCUACGUGUUAGGGAAAAAGCCAAUUUGUGAGGGACAGGAAAAUCGUAGCACUUGAUAAGAACAGUUAACAGAAUUGCAUUGGCUCUUAUGUUUUAGGUUCUUGCUGCGUACCCACCCGAUAAAACCAGAAAUCAGCCCAUUUAAAAAGUGUGCUAGUGUGAGUACUGACUAGUUGAAGGUGCUAACAGGCAGAAAGGGUGAGAACAGUUCCCUUCCUUGGGGAGCCGAGAGCAGGAGGAGAGCACACUAAUCUUACUGUCUGCUUCUUGAGAUUUUAUACACUAAACCCAUCCACACAACUGAAAGCCUGGGAAGACGCUCCCAGGAACUUUUAAGCUCAACAUAAGGGUUCAAGUAGAACAUGGAGUGUUUGGAUCAGAGCUGCCAGGAGACGGGCAGGAACAGCACUGUCGUUCUUUUAGAAAAUGGCCAUUUUGUUUCCCACUCCCGGCGAUUCCGUCUCUGAAAACUGUUGUGUUAGAAAGUGAAUCUGAACCACUGUGCUGACAGCGGCUUUGGAAACGACGUGCUGUACUCCUCGUGUGACACAGGUGAGAAAACUGAGGUGAUGCGUCUUGUGUCAAAGCUCGCAGGAACGAGCUUGGCACCCCCAGACCCCACGCUCGGGCCUUUUCUACUUUUUCCGUGCGUAGGGCCUCUUAGAGACCCUCGGAAGCAAUGAAACUCUGUCAUAAGAAAACGGACAAAAAAGGGAAAAAGAAUUUCCAUUAUCAUCAUACUGUUGGGAUUGGAAUCGAUUUAAAUAAUGUCAUUUUGGUAGCCGGCAAUGAUGUUGACGCUUUGUGUGGACUUUCCUAGAUUUGAGCAGUAACGAGAUUAAAACAUAAACAGUCCCACUUGAGAUGUGACUCUGAUAAAGCAGCGUGAGAUCCCAUCAGAUUUGGAAACCGUUUGCGGUGGAGUAAGGCUGUCACCCAGUGCUCGUAAAAGAUUGAAGACUGACCUGUGCUCCCUGUUUUUAUGGAGACUCUUACAGACCAUAGCUUUAUUCUUAAAAGGGAAGAUCUCAAACAUAAUUAAGCAGUGGAAACUGUAUGACCUCCUUUGGUGCAUCAGAGUUCCCGGUCUGCUGGUGGCCCCCUUUUCUCCGGAGGCGUCCACGGUCAGACCCGUCACCCAGGUGAACGUGGUCAGCCUUCCGUCCCCCGCUCCCCGUGCUCCUGGCUUCCACACCUGCGUUUGCAUCGUUCUGUACAAUAGGAAACAAAUUACUUACCCGUGUGACAAUAUAAAGAAACAAAACAUGAGUGGAUUCCUUCCUCCGGGCUGGGACAGAAGUCCAUUAUAAAAGAAGCUCACUUUUUAAAAAGUUAAAUUUGGACAAUCAGGCUUAUGAACCUUGUUCAACAAUUCGACAAAUGCCCGUUUGCUUUACAAACUCCCCUUGCAGUACGGCUGCAUCAUCUUUGGGACGCCAUCGUGUCUUUAACCGUGAAUCGGGAAAAUGCCAAUGCCUUGAAGAGCGUUGUUUUUAUCACCAAACACACAAGCCACAAAGCAACAGGAAAUCACAACUGCUGUUUUACCGACCAAAAAAGAUCAUAAAAAUGGUCACGUUCAAAAUAGAAGUAUCCAGCCAAGCUUAAGAAAAAUGAGCGUUGAACUGAGUCAAAGUGUCUCCAUCCAUUUAAACAAAAGUGUAAAGAACUUUCACUACAUUAGACAUGUGGUCUCACUUGUAAACCGUGUUUCCUUUUGAAGCAGAAUUCAAUCACGUUGUAAUCUUGGUAACGGAAGAUCUCCCUGCAGAUGAUAUGUGCUUCCUGUAGGGUUUCCUAUUUAGUGCCCGGGCUCCCUACCCAGACUGGGGACUGUGGACAGAGAAAGGUGGCUACUCAUGUGGCCCCGUCAUCCUCUUCCUGCUGGUUGUCACCCCAGGGUGGGGGCCCCCGACCAGAGGGCUUCACGUUUCUGCUGCAGCGCGCAUGUCCUCCAACUUAAAGAUUUUCCAGUCAUUUCUCCCUCCAUUGAACCCAGGCAUUGGGCUACUAUUUUAUCUGAACGUGUUUCUGAUCUUGUGUUACCUUCCGGGUCACUGCUUUUCUGGCACUGUCAAUUAUAGUGAAUAUUCAUUGUACUUCCGAAAAGUGGUCAGUAAUUUAUAUACAUGUAUUCCGCAUUUUAGUGUGCUUGAAGUGACAGUCUGUCGUUUGUGGUAGUUCGUUAUUUGUCCCCUUUGGCUAUCCUGUAUUUUUAGGACAUGUAAACGUACCUUGUCCUAUCAAAGUGACAAAAGCAGAAUGUCAGUUUUUUGGAAUCCUUGUGAUUACUUGUAACAAGUUUUGUUUUUAAAGCUAAUAAAAAUAAAAUUAGGGUUUUUAAAAAAACAACGCAUUGAA